AUGAAUUCUCAACUGCCGACCAUCUUAAACACAACUUAUUUAACUUCGGGACUAAGUCGCGGAUUUUUCGAAUUUGUGACUAAAGUUGGCGAAGCUAGAAGCAAGCAGGAGGAAGACCGAUAUGUGUCCCAAGAAAUUGAUUCUCUCAAAACAAAAUUAAAUCAACCCGAUAUUUCAUCUGAUCUUAAGAGCAACAAUUAUCUUGAAGUAUGUUCUGCAUUGACUGCUUUAUGUCAUUUACUAAAUAAAGAUAUGAUACCAGCUGUAUUUGGACUUGUAGAGGAAGCUUUAACGCAUCCAAAAGAUAUUGUUCGUAAGAAAGCCGUAAUGGUAUUUCACAGAUUAUUUCAUGAUGCUCCAGACACAAUGAUGCAUCUUGACGAAAAGUUUCGUCAAAUGUUGACAGAGCAUGAACCGAGUGUAUUAGGUUCCAUACUAUGUCUUUUUCUUGAAUUUGUAAAGGCUGACCCCAAUAAAUUCAAAGAUUUGGUUUCUUUGCUAAUUAGCAUUUUGGAACAAGUUCUUGAUAGAUGGUUGCCACGGAGCUAUGACUAUCAUGGUGUUCCAGCACCAUGGAUCCAAAUAAAAAUAAUCGAGAUUAUGAGUUUACUAGCACAAGAUGACGAAAAGAUAAGUUCAGAAAUUGGACCCCUUAUUGUCCAUACUCUUAGAAAAGCAGAAAAUGGAGUAGAUGCUGCUUAUG